AUGCGUUCUACAAAACCAGAUCGAGUUCCAAAGAUUGAACGAGUGCCUUUAUCUGUAAUUUUUACCAAUGGAUCAGACAAGAUAACAGAACGAAGUCAGAAUCGUCUUCUUCGUCCCAUCUUUAUCAAUGGUGUUGAAGUUGGCUUCGCCUAUUCUAAAGGCGCAAAUGCUGUGAAGAAAUUAAGCGCACGUGGGAUAACAAUUGCCUUGUGGUAUUUUAUAUCACGUGGUCAUCAGGCUCAAGCACUGUUACCAUUUUGCUUUAAAAGCUACCCAGAUAAAUCAAACUACUGGGAUGAGCUUAUGGCUCUUUAUCGCAUGAAUCUGAUUGAAUUUACUCCAGGAUUUGGUAGUGAUAAAUAUAUGGAGGUAAACCGUAUCAUGGCAACUCGUGCUCGCGAAUACGGUGGUUGCAUGGUGGCACGAUCGCAAAUGCACGCUAUAGUUGAACAAAAUCCAAUGCUUGAUCGCACUGUCGAGGAAAAAUUACUGAUGCCAUCAUUCAAUGGAAACGAUAUUAUUUUUCCCAUUGAUGGGCCCCUCGGAAGGAAUGGAUGCACUCUUGCGGAUACACUUACAUGUACAAUCGAUGAUCCGGAAUGGUCACGUUGUGUCCUUCAACAAAUGAGUCUUCGUGACCAGCGAAUCUGGAUGACCAAUCUGGCUAAUGUCAUUCAAAACUCUCAGUGGAUAACAACUGCUGGACAAGUAUGCCGUCACCAGUCACUGCAUUUCGUUUCCAUCCCAUCAGAACAUCUGUCACUUGAGGAACCACAAUUCGAACUCCACCCUCCUGAGACGAACCCUCCAGAAAACCAUGGAUUUUCUAAAUUAAGACACCGGACACGACGAAGUCGCUUUUUUGAUGACAGUACACAUUACCGCCGAUCUGAUUAUAAUAACAGUUAUAUGGAUCGUUUUUCAAAUCGUCGCAUGAACUGGGCCUCGAACCGCGGCUUUUUCGAUACAAAUCAUUAUUUUGUACCUUCAUAUCGACAAAAUCCACGUAGUUAUGAUGAAAAAAAAGUGAGCUACAUUGGUCGUCCGAAUUCGAUUUAUCGUUUAAAUGUUCCGUCACGCACUCCGGCUGAUAAUGAUUUCAAAAAUGGUGAACUUACCAACACAGACAAAACGGGAGCAGCCAAUAAUCGUAUUCGUCUCAGCAAUGUUUUUGGACAUAGUAAAGAUAAGCCAAUCUCUGACCGGGACCCAAACUUAUUCGAAGCAAAGGAUAACUUCAAUAAACUUGUCCAAACAGUGGAAGUAAUUGAACACGAAGAGAGGGACGAACACGGUAGUAAGAAAAAUGUGGAUAAGAAACAGGAGCAAAAAAAAGAGCAAGGGGAGGAAAAGGAUAGGAAGAAAGAAAAAGGAGAGUUGCUAGAGGGUAAUGCUUCUCCAAAAAAGACCAAAAAACAUUUGGUAGAAGAUAGAGAAGGUUCCAGUUCUGGCCAUCAUGACACCGAGAGGGAUCGUCAACUUGUAACACCGUGUGAUGACACUACUGUAUCCUCCGUCGUUGGUGCUCAGCUGCAAUUGGAAAUUGCAUUCCAGAAUGAAAUUGUCAUCUGUUCCAGUUCUAAUGAUGCUGAAUCUGUUGCUGUUGGGGCGGUUAGUUAUGAUAAUGAGAAUGACCUAAUUCACUUCUCAGACUCUGAAUUGGACAAUGAUGAUCCCCUUAGUGAAGCCGAAAUAUUGAUGUAA